UCCCACCUGCCUGGUAAGGUUGCGCGCUGCCGGUGAGUUUUAUAGCAACUGUUGCCCAGUGAAGCAGCGCCAUAGUCACCGUAGUCCUGGCGACUGUAACCCACCAACAACAACCUCUCGCUCCAUCAUUACCACCUCCUCCACCAUCCUCAUCUUCAUCAACCAGUCCACAGCUCAGGCGCCAUGCAGACCCCUGAAGCAGGCGCUGACUCCACCUCCACUGUCCCUCUUCAGACCACCGUGCCUGUCCAGCCUACCGGCUCCACCCAGCAGGUGCCUGUUCAGCAGCAGGCCCAGACUGUUCAGCAGGUUCAGCAUGUUUACCCAGCACAGGUGCAGUAUGUCGAGGAAAACAGUGGUGUCUACACCAAUGGCAACAUAAGAACCUACUCGUACUCAGAGCCGCAGCUGUACAGCCAGAACAGUGGAGGGAGCUACUUCGACACGCAGGGCAGCUCGUCGCAAGUGUCCACUGUGGUGACAUCUCAUGGCAUGACCAACAACGGAGGAGGGGGCACUGGAGGAAUGACCAUGGGUCUGGCGGGGGGUCAGGUAAUCAGCAGCAGUUCUGGGGCUUACCUCAUGGACAACGCUGGACCGCACCCUGCCACCCAGACCGCACGAGCUUCCCCAGCUACUAUUGAAAUGGCGAUUGAGACGCUCCAAAAAUCUGAGGGUUUAUCCAGUCAGAGAAGCUCGCUGCUCAACAGCCAUCUCCAGUGGCUGUUGGACAAUUAUGAGACAGCAGAGGGAGUAAGUCUACCACGAUCCACCCUCUACAAUCAUUAUCUGCGCCACUGCCAGGAGCAGAAACUGGACCCUGUAAAUGCAGCCUCUUUUGGCAAACUCAUCCGCUCCAUCUUCAUGGGACUCCGUACAAGGCGCCUCGGGACAAGAGGAAACUCCAAGUAUCAUUACUAUGGUAUACGUGUGAAACCAGAUUCCCCACUCAAUAGACUCCAAGAAGACAUGCAGUACAUGGCCCUCAGGCAGCAACCUGUUCAGCAGAAACAGAGGUUUAAGCCAGUGCAGAAGUUUGAUGCCGGCUCUGGGGAGAAUUACUCAGGUGGAGGGCAGCACCACCCCGGUGCAGAAGAGCAGACGGUCAUAGCGCAGAGCCAGCAACACCAGCAGUUUCUAGAUGCAUCACGGGCACUCCCUGACUUUGUAGAGCUGGACCUGGGACAGAGCAAUACAGAGAACAUCAGCCCAGAGGACGUGAAAGCUCUCCAGUCCCUUUACAGAGAGCACUGUGAGGCUAUCCUGGAUGUGGUCGUCAACCUCCAGUUCAGUCUAAUUGAGAAGCUGUGGCAAACAUUCUGGCGUUAUUCACCCCCCGACACUGUAGAGGGUGCCACUGUAACAGAAAACAGCAGCAUAAGUGAGAUUGAAGCACGGCUCCCCCGAUCGCAGCUCUUGGUGCUGUGCAGAAAUGAGGCCAUACUCAAGUGGAUGAGCACCUGUGACCAUUUAAUGUACCAGGCCCUUGUGGAGAUCCUCAUUCCUGAUGUCCUGAGACCCAUUCCCAGUGCCUUGACUCAAGCCAUUCGCAACUUUGCCAAAAGCCUGGAAGGUUGGCUCAAUAAUGCCAUGAAUGCCAUUCCACAGAGAAUGAUCCAGACCAAGAUUGCCGCUGUUAGUGCCUUUGCGCAAACAUUGCGCAGAUAUACAUCUCUGAACCACCUGGCUCAGGCGGCACGUGCCGUGUUGCAAAACACAUCACAGAUCAACCAGAUGCUGAGUGAUCUCAACCGUGUUGACUUUGCCAAUGUACAGGAGCAGGCAUCAUGGGUGUGCCAGUGUGAGGAGGGGGUGGUUCAGCACUUGGAGCAGGACUUCAAGGCCACACUACAGCAGCAAAGCUCUCUGGAGCAAUGGGCAGCCUGGCUGGAUAAUGUGGUCACUCAGGUGCUCAAGCCCUACGAGCACCGGCCCAGUUUCCCCAGGGCGGCUCGGCAGUUCCUGCUCAAAUGGUCCUUCUACAGUUCGAUGGUGAUCAGGGACCUGACCCUGCGCAGUGCUGCCAGCUUCGGUUCCUUCCACCUGAUCCGCCUGCUGUAUGACGAGUACAUGUUUUACCUUGUGGAACAUCGCGUGGCUCAAGCGACUGGAGAGACGCCCAUUGGUGUCAUGGGGGAGUUUGACAGCCUCAGCACCUUAUCCCUUACAAACAUUGAUAAAGAUGAAACAAGCGGGAUGGACAGUGACUUAGAAGAGGACACGGAGGAGUCCGGGGAGCCUCUCGCCAAACGGGAAAAGUCGGAGCACGAGGUAAUCCAGGUGAUCCAGGUCGGGGCGCUGGAGGACGGGUCUCACCCUGUGGUGGGUGUCGUCCAGCCCGGUGUCCUCCACUCGCUGCCCCAGCCCCCGCAGGACCACACCGAGCACAUCCUCACCCCCUCUGCCGGUACUCCCACCAUCCGUCACUGCAGCACCACAGGCAACACCUACGCGUCCGUUUGAGGCUCUGAAGGCACAGCCCCAUCUUCUGCGGCCUGGCUUCGCUGUCUCGCUCUCCACAUAUCUUUCUCUCUGUGAGUCUCAAUGUUUGCGUCUCUUUCAUGCGUUGUCUCUGUCUGCACUCGUGUGGACGUGCUCUCCCCUCCCUAUCCAGCCUGGUCAGUGGAGCAGUGAUGAAAUGGUGAUGCUGUGGCCACGAUGUGCUGUCCUUGUCUGACUGCUUAGAUUCUGGAUGUGCUGUCAUCCCAUUAAGUCCGUGCUCUAACACAACGCAACAGCCGGCGGAAGGGACCUGGAGGAAAAGGACUAAUUUGACCCGUUAAACGUCGCACAUUUAGGUACGACUUACCGCCUCCUGUCUGUGUACACAGAUGGGUUUUAUUCUGGAGGAAAAUUCAACUCCUUCAAACUACUGAUGUCUCAGAGCUCAAAUCCAUGUCACUAGUCCCAGUGGAGCAAAGGCAUUGAUUGACUCGCCUAAUGUACAUAGUUUUGCUGUUCUUUCAAUUGGUAUUACCCAAAACUCAUGGUGCUAUCGUUGCGUUUUAUUUUGUUUUAAUUUUCGAAUUAUCCCUCAUAAUUUGAGUAUAAUUUAUGUCGACAAGCAUUCCAACUGGUGAUACACUUUUGGUUGAACAAAAUGUUUUUUGAGUAUUGUAUGUAGCUAAAAAACAAAGGGACAACUUUCUAUUUAUGUAUGACAUUCAAAUACGGAUCACGGAGCAGUUUCAUCUGUUCUGUUCGAAGAUUAUUUGGUAGCCGCCUGCCGAUGACCACUCAUAGCUUUUAGCCACAGAAAAAGAUCCCCCUAAAGAAAUGUCUGUGCUGCUACUACUGUAUAUAGAGAUGAGACUGAGAAGAAAGGCUGUUAAAAAAACAAAACAAACAAAAAAACACUUCCUCAAUGCUAGCUUUUCUAUGCACUCGGUGCAUGUCGCUUGCCUUUGUUCAUUUUAGAUGCUCUGUAGUGUGGUUUAUGUGACGAGCCGUAAUCUUGCAGACAACUUACUGGACACAUUUCCCCCGGUUUUGCAGUUUUCUGUCUUAAUGAAAUUUCUUAAGUGCACAGUGGACCAAAAAGAAAAAAAAAAAAAAAAACAAACCAAGAAGAGGAAUCUGAGAGUGAGCCACACACACAAAAACAAACUGUUUCCUGUCCCACAGUGCCAUGUUGCAGAGCAGAAGGAAUGUCAGGGAUUUCUUGUACCUCGGCUUUAUCAUAGUGCCUUAUCCUUAAAUGCAGCUGUCCAUGUAGUCCUGACUGUGCGCUGUAAAGAGCCCACAGCCCCUCUGCAUUGUCCCAGCCACAGAUUUGGCUUUUCUGGUGACUCGUGGCUGGAUUUGGGCUGGCUCAUCAGUGUUGAGACCGAGGGACGCAGGCACAGACACGCCCGUUGUUUUCCUCUCUGGAUCAGCUCUACUAAGCUCGUUACUUCUCUGAAUCACGGUCUUUAGCCUUGCUCCUGCCCUCACUCUGCCCUCUCGAGGCCUAUUCUUGCAUUAGCCUUUGCUAUUGGGUGAAGUGUGCGUGUGUAUGUGUGUGUUUGCGCGUGAACGUGGACGCGUGCAGUAGGUCUACGCUGUGUUUUUAUGUGCAUGUGUACAUGUGUCUGCGUGCUUGUGUGUGUAUGUGUUGGAACACAUCCAUCAGUCACCCUACCUCAAACCAGUGGUGCCAGCCCUUUGACGCGUGCAGCACAGUCACCAAACCUUAUUGCACACACGCCACUGUACUGCACAAAUCUCAACGCGAUAGAGAAAAUCGGCAUUGCUUUUCUCUCACCUCUGAUACAUUUUUCAUUUCAGUUUUUAGCUCAUGAAAUGCUUCAUUCCUUUGUUCCCUGUUUGAAGAUCAUCUUUGUACAGUGGACCAAAAGUAGAUAUUUUCUGAUAUUCAAAGAGAUAUAUAGAUAUAUAUAUGUAUAGUAUAUAUAAUGAUGACACACUACAUAUAUUUGUUGCUUUUUUUGUGGUUUGAUCGGAUUGUUUAUACGUGAAUGUUUCUUUCGGUAGCUCAUCUGUAAUUAGCUCAUAGACUGUGAAAUGAGAAAGGCAUGGGGACUAACUUCUGAUUCAUUAGACGACAUCUAUACUUGAACUGUUAUAGCCUUCUAUGUUGUGGAAAAUAUUGAGAUUAAUCCUCUGAAUAGGAGCAUUUUGUUACUAAAAUGAUUUCGUUCUUAUUUUUUUCGUGUACGGUGAAAUGGUCUGAACCCUUUCUCUGCAGAUGUUUAUUUAUUGAUAUUUAUUGUUGUUUUUGUUUUGGUUUACAUGCUUAUGUUAUGGCUACUGAGGAUAAAUCAUGAGUUAUACCACUGCAAAGAGCAGACCUACUGUACAGAAAGACGUUUUUUUUUCUUUAUAAGUCAAUGUAGUUUAAGGUAAAGACAAAAGGGUUGGCACUGUAUUUGCUGUAAUCACAGCCCUUAAAGGUUCGAUCACUAGUUUAAAAAAAAAUCCUUUAGAUACUAGCUGGAUACAGGAUCUUUGCCAUUUUUUUUCUUUUUUUUGUUUGGUUGGUUGUUUUGUUGUUACAGUGUAGGUUGUGUGCCUGUGUAGAAAACAUGCUUAACAGUAAAGAAGAGUGGGGGAAAGUUCAAAAACUUUGUGUCAUUUUAGCCUGCUGGGUCAGUGGACUGUCCCUGAUGAUUUUUUUAUUUUUUUGCUGGGUCAUUUCGGUGACACUUUUGGGGGAAUCUGAAAAAUCGAAUCCCCCCGAAGCCACGUUCCUCACUGGUUAAACCUAUGCUACACAUCUGAUACUAUAGCCUUACAAAGACAGACACUUCAACCCAGCAGGCUUGAAAUGUCUGCCUGACCUCAUCUAGGAACUGAGCGCACACAAAUCUGACUUUCUAACUAUAUCGAUCGACGGACAGUUUGAGAAGUCUGCGAGAAAAGGCCAACGAACUGCACUGUAAGCAGCUGCAAGUUUUAGGCCCAAGGCAUUUCGUUUACAUGGCAUCAGUCUGUGAACACUAUGAACUUGAGCGAGAGAAAGCUCCCGGACUCUUGGAAUUAAACUGUCGAAUGCAAGUUGGGAGAAAGAACUGAAAAUGUUCCGAUUUUUAAAAAAAGAUGAACGAACCCCAGAUCAUCUCUUAUACUUCCUCCCUUUAAAUCCGUGUUCACACAACUGUGAGAAAUAAAAUCUGACGAGCUCACACUGUAAAAAGUGAUGAGGUUCUGUCUGUAAAAUUUUAACACACAUUGUAAAUCUGGAUGUACUGUUAGGAAUGAAGGUUUUUUUUUGCGAGACCCGCUAUCUUGCCUGUUGCUUUUUUACCUUUCUCUCGCUGACUUAUUUUUUUUAAAUCAUCAUAUAUAUUAACUACAACACUGUAGAUGGUACCUUUCAUUAUUUUGUGCCUGAUGUGACAAUGGCUUAAACGAUGUUUUCUUUGAAUCUCAAUCGUGUGCUUUAGGAUCAUAAGUGCUUUCUGGUUUUGCACACCUGCCAUGUGCUGCUAGAAAACUGUCUCUCGCAAUCGAAUUCUUACCCCCCCUAAGUUUUAUUUUGUAAACCAGACAGUGCCAGAACAGUGAUUUCUGCAUCUCAAAGCCUGCCUGGUAAACGCUGGACUCGUGUCAAUGCUGCCAACACAAUUGUACUUUAAUUCUCAGUGUCUUUUGAAAAUUGAGAGGUAAGAUUGUUCUUUUUUGUAACAGCUGUUUGCAAAUGAGCCCAUUUCCAACCAUGAAAGAAAAAAAAAACGAGAUAUAAGCUAUUCCUUAACUUGUAAUAGGAGUGAAAGCUGAGAAAUGCCUCUUCACCUGGACAACGCGGCAGCUUCACUGACCCAUAGCAGACUCCAGUGCCUUUAAUUUUGCCCCGGCCAGAGCAGAUGGCCUGGGCGACUAUUGGGUCUCUGGUGGGCUACAGAUAGAGGCUACAGAGCAGACAUUUCAUUGCACAGGUGCUGCCACUGAGAAGACACCAGGGCUGAGGAAGCAGAAAGACCUGUCCUCAGACUGGACUAUUUAUUAUUUACUGGACGUGACACCACACACAGAGUAAAUUACACACGGUAGAUUACCUGCAAACAACUUUUUAUUGUAUAGAACUGGGUAAUGAACCAGGAGAGUUACUGUAAGUAAAAAUGCUCUGAGUUGUUUUUCUCAUGAUCGUGAUUUCUUUUGUCAAAUGAUAUUUUCUGAAUGCUGUGACCUGUUUGAGAUUUGUUUUUGUUUUUUUUCCUUUUCUUUUUUUCUUUUCAAGUGCCAUUUGACAGUCUAGUGAGUCGUGGCCAUCUGUAGCACGCUCUAAUGCAAGCACAAGCAUUUGGCAGUGGCAUUUGGGGAAGGUUUUUAUUUUUGAUUCACCCUAAAUGAAAAAUGUGUAUAUAUCAAAAACUGGAAAAGGUAUAUUUAUUUGUGUCCUAAUUAUUUGAUUUGUUCUUUUGGUGAACAUUUUAUGAUCUGAUAUGUUGGCUAAAGUGCUUUUGUGAUCUCCUUUUUUUUCCCCUCUUUUCUGGAUAAUGUAUAGUAUCUGAUAUAAUAUAUACACACAAAUUUCACGUGACUUUCUUUUUGUGUGCCGUUGAGUUUUCUUCACAUAAUGUAUAUUCUCAAAUUGGCAAGCGAACCAAUGUGUGUAGGGUGAUUUGUAUUGUGUAUUUUACAUGAAAAAAAAACAAGGACAAUUGGGGGACUUUUAUAUUUACAAAGACAUUAUCAUUUAGUGUGUCGUAUUGAUGAUUAUAGAAACUAUUAAAGACACAUGUAGUUUCGUUUUCUGAAUAUUUCAGAUCUCAGCUCAGGCUAGCUUCUUAGUGUUGUUUUCUUAAAAUUUGUGACUUGUCUUUGCAGUAAUAAACGUUUUCUUGUUCAAA